GUUUCUUGUGUACAAUACCAUUGCAUUGAUGUUCUCGACUCUCCGCGUCUACUGCACUGCAUAACACUGGAAAACUCUUAAUUUCAUUGAUAGAAUUAAUCAACUCGUUACUAAAAUGCUGAAACCUAAGGCUCUAACACAAGUCCUAAGCCAGGCAAAUACAGGAGGAGUUCAGAGCUCUCUAUUGCUCAACAAUGAGGGCUCCCUUCUUGCCUAUUCUGGUUACGGAGACAAAGAUGCCCGCGUAACAGCAGCCAUUGCUAGCAACAUUUGGGCAGCGUAUGAGAAAAAUGGCAAGGUGGCCUUUACAGAGGAUGACCUUAAACUUGUGCUCAUGGAUUGUGAGAAUGGAAGAGUUGCAAUCACUAAAGUUGCUAAUUUGCUGUUAUGCAUCCAUGCGGAAUCCUCGGUAGGCUUUGGAAUGUUAAAGAAAAAGAUAUCAUCGUUAGCAGAAUAUCUACAGGAACCAUUGCAGACUGUUGCGUCUUCAUAGCCCAAGGGAGAAUUAGUGUGUGUUUGUGGUCAUAUAAUUUUUGUAGUAUUAUACCAAGAUGAAACUAUAUGUUCUGUAUCUAUAGAGCCUUCUACAAUAUGUAUGUCUGCCAGUGACAAGUACUGAUUGUUAGAAAGCAACAAAAAUUAUGACUUUUGAACUGAUGAGGAAAAAGACUCUACCAUUGUACAGUGUAUAAAGCCAGUCUACACUAGUUUAUCCAGGAGGGAUUAGACCUCCCUGCAAGGUCACUGAUGGGUGGUUAUCUCAUCGAAUCAGCUCUCAAUUAACAUUUAUAAGAAAAAAGGGGAUCAUGGGGGACAAAUGGUCACCAAUUAGACAUUGUUUGCUAUAUAGAGGGCACAAGUAGCUAUAAGUAGUGCAGUGGGCUUUAAUAGAUCAAAUGCCCUUCCCAGGAGCGGCACUAGAAGAUUAAUUGCUUUGUGGGGCUUUAGGCUUCUUGCAUUCAUGUUCUACAUGUGCCUCGCGAAUAGUUGUUUUUGUUGUUUUUUUCCAGGGGGGUAGGGGGGUAGAGCCAUCCAAAACCCCUCAAGAACACCUACAGGCCCCUCUAUAUAUUUUGUAUUUUACUGAAUGUCUUUGUGACCGACAUUAGACUGAACAAGACAUUACAUUACCUCUAAUGGCAAAGAAUAAGUUGGUUUGGUGUCCGUUGUGACUGAGGCAUUACAUAUUUGAUCAACUCUGUUAAGUAAGAUAUUAAGAAUCAUCAAAUGAUAGCAUUGGUUUUGUUUUCAUUAGAUUAGUUUUGUAUCUCAUCCGUAGGAAAGUUAAUAUCAGAGAAGGGAUACAGUGAUACAAGUAUCGAGUUAAAAAAGCCAAUUCCAUUGAAUGAAUUGCUCAAGGCACUGCAGUUUACAUGUACCUGAUGAAGAUUUCAAGCAAAAAGAGGAAAAGUAUAAGAAGUUGAGACUGAGUGAUUAGUAUAUUUGUCUUAUUUCCAUCAUUUAUAUGUUUUGUUUUGACACAUUCAGUACCAUCAGUUUAAUGUGCAUAUGUGAUAAAUUGGAUUUCAUUGUAAACACAUUCAUUUAUGGUCCUUUUUUACACUGAUUCCAUUUUGUUUUCAAUAUCAAGAUGAAAGAUAUGUUUCUGACACUUACAGCACUCAAAUGUUAUUACCAAUUAAGAACUUGAAAUACUUGCUUAUAUUGAAGAAGAUGAAUUAGCUACAGAGAAUUAAUUUGUUGCACCCCAAAAGCUUUGUUGAAAGGGUGGACAAAAUGAAGAUAUAUAAUGUAAACAUACAGUUUGUUACAGAGUAAGAUAUUCAUACAGUAUAUUUCAGUCCAAUACAUUUUGUAUUUAACAGUAUGAACAAACAUAUUUUAAAUAGCUCCCUCUAGAGUCAGGUUACAAAUAAUUUCCUUCAUGACAUGUAUUGUGAUGACUACACAUCAGGGUACUACUCAAAAUUGCUUCUGAUUAUGAUACAAGCAUUUCUGAUUUACAAUACCAUAAGGUCAUCACUAGUGCCAACAGAAUGUAAUUACAUUCUAUGUUGACCUUAGUCGUUAGGACAUAUAGGCCUUAUAACUAAACAUUUUAGAUAUAGGGAGCUCAUUUUUUAUUUUUUGUUUUUAAAGUUGGUGCAUUUUCUUCUAUUGUUAAACAUUUAUGUGCUAAUGGUCUUGCAUCAACAUGGAAAUGGAACAUGAGAUAAAUCUGGAUGCAGUUUCACAAAACCGUCACAAGUACAACUUCACCGACAUCCCAUUGAAACAUGUGGCACUUUUGAUACACAUGUUUCAAUAGGAUGUCAGCCAACAUGUACUUAUGACGGUUUCAUGAAAAGCUACCCUGGUUCCCACGAAGUACAAAUGCAAGUUAUAUGUUGCUGGAAAUGUUUUUUCCCAGUAAAAGAGUGAUUUUUCUAUUGCAACAAAAUAAUGCAGGCAUUAAAUAUCAUCCAUUAUUGGCCAAUUUCAAAGAAAUGAACAGGUCUAAACAAAUGACAUGUAACAGUAUAUAAAACAAAAGGACAUGCUUAAAUCUAAGAGACCUUAUUAUAUGGCUUUGAUAUUUAGAGAGGGCAUAAAGGCCAGGGAGUAUGGCAUCACAGCAAAAUUUUGUAAGAUCGCUGGUCAUUUGGAGGCUGGCAGUGAUAGGCUGUAUGCUAAUUAUGAUUUUACCAGACACUAAUAUUGAUAUUAAGGUUAGGAUGUGAUAAGAAAAAUAAACAUUGACAAAUUAAUCAGUAAUUGUUUGAUUGAUCUCACCUUAAACAAUUCAUGACUCUCUUAUUUGAGUUUUUUCUGCUUUUAUUAAAACCAACUUAAAAUCAGGGUGAACUUCCCCUUUAAACACCUUAUAUUCCUCUUAUUUCAUCAAUUAUUUGUUUGUUUGAUGUUUGUUUAAUCUGCUCCUGCACCUCCUUUUCAAUAAUUGACUGUCCAAGAUGACAAUGUAUCUUAUUCUUUAAAUGUGUUGAAAGAAUACAUGAAAUAUUGUUAAAAUAAACAUAAGAUUUUGUAUUAUAAACUUUGAAUGCAUAUAGUUAUGUAUGCAUGUAACCAAGGAGAAAUUUGCUGAUAUAUGUUACUAUGUGUAUAAAUAAUAAACAAAUAUUAUUCUGAA